CGACAUCGUGUCUGUCACCAAUGCGACAUUUUUUAUUAAAAAAAAUCUAAUCAACAACUCUUUACUUUAUAAGAUUAAAGGUCAAAAUCAGACAACUUUUUUUCAAAUAAAAAUGUCCAUGUGAUUUAAAUAUUUAUUUUUUAAACCAAAGUUCAAAAGGUGUGAAUCUUUGCCUUUCUUACAACAUUUUCAGAAUGAUAUUUGAUUUCAUAGAAUAUUCAGAUUAAAUUAAAAUUUUUGGAGUUACUUUGAUACUUUGGAAAAAAUAUAUAUUUUAUUGUAAAGAGGACGUAAAUGGAACAAUUAUAAGGUUAUUCAAGAGAAAAAUUCCAGAAAAAAGCAUUCCUUAACUUUCUUGAAAAAAUCAGAAUAAAUUUUUGCAAUUGAAGAGCAAAAAAUGGAAAUAGCCCCAUUGCUAAACUUAAUUUUAAAACAAAUUAAAUCAAAUUAAUUUUUCCCCAAGAUACAAAAAUGUUUUCACGAUUUCGAGGAUUUUUAAAUCGACAUAAACGAAAGUUUAUUGUCAGCGGAGUGGUGCUGGGUGGUUUUAUUCUAAUCACAAGAUAUACUCAACGUAAACUUCGCGAGUGGCAAGAGAAAGAAGUACGAGAACUUCUCGAGCGAACACGACGAUCUCAACAUUUUGAAAGUACAGAGAGAACGUGUGAUCAAACAAUAUUAACAUUAGGCACAAGUGUUCGUAAUUCAGUGACAAAAGUAUUGGACACCGAGACAAUUGUCAAUAAACUUCGCAAUGGAUGUACCGAUAAGGUCGCGACAUGGAAUCAUUUGAAAAUUCUCGCAAUUUCAAGAUCGGCAGUUAUAAUUUAUGCACACGCCAUGUUAGUGGCAACUCUUCGAAUUCAAUUGAAUCUCGUCGGUGGUUAUAUGUUUAAAGCUUCACAAAAUACGAAUAUCACCGAGAAAGCCGAUGAAAUAACGCAACAAAAAUACAUGUCACUUUGUGGUUAUUUCAUGGAUGAGGGAAUUGAUAAACUUUGUGCACUUAUUAAGGAGAAAGUUGAAGAAAUAACAGCGUCAACAUCGUUACGCGAUAAAUUAACACUACGUGAUUUGGAACAAAUUUAUUGGUCGAUAAUGUCACUUGUUUCGGCCGAUUCGAAAACUGAUCCAGUUAAAAAUUUAACGAAUUACAUGAUUCCACCGAGUUGCGAGAAAGAUGAGAAGAAUUUGAUUUUAACGAAAAUGAUUAACGAGACUCUGGAUCUAUUAGAAAGUGAAGAAGUUGAAAAUUUGAUACAAACGAGUAUCAGAAGUGGAUUUGUCCUUAUAAUUGAUCAUAUUUCAGAGUAUUUUGGCGAUUCGAAUACUAGAAGUAAUGGAGUAACGAAAAAGGCUCUGCCACUUCCAGGAACAUCGAAUGGAAUGGAAACAAUAUGGACCCAGAAAGCAGCAGAUGAAUUUGUCGAUUUAAAUAAAAUUGCAAUGCCAAUGGCUAAAAUAAUUCCUAUAAUCAAUGGACAAGUUCCGGAUGUUCCAACAUCGAGAGAUGUUCCUUCUGAUUGGUUACAACGAUUAACAUUAAACGAUAAACUUAAAACUUUGGGAGCGAAUGUUUAUGAGGCGUUUAGUUUCUAAUUUUUUUUUUCUAAUUUACUCUUUAAAUUUGUGUUCUUUGUGCAAAGUAUUUGUAAAUAUUUAUUUAAUUUCAAUAUGGCGAAUGGCAUAAAUAUGAAUGUUUGAAGUAAAAGUUAUAAAUAAUGUAUCAUAGUUCAUUGUUAUUACAAUUCAUCAUGAAAUUCUAUUUUGUCUUACAAAUUUCACGGAAUUUUCCAAUUCUUAAAAAUAGUUUAACACUUAACUCUCAAAAAUGUUUUUAAUAAUCGCAAUUUUUGUAUAAUCUACAGAAAUUUACUUUCAAUGUAAUAAAAUUUUCAUAUUUCUUA